UACACCCUCGAUAUCUUCACCAAUCUCAAGCAUAAACAACACUCCGAUCUUCAUUCAAGGCUAAGCAAAAUGGCUCUUAGAAACUCUCUCGCCAUUUUCCUUGCACUGAACAUCCUCUUCUUCGCCUUUACCGAAGCCGGCCGCUCCGGUUGUCCACCAUCGUCUUCUAACAAACCGAAGCCAACCCCAAGCAGCCCUCCUGCCAUCGAUACAUGCCCAAAAGAUGCUUUGAAGCUCGGUGUUUGUGUUCAGGCGCUCAACCUGGUGAAUGUGACAUUAGGUGCUCCUCCGGUUAAGCCGUGUUGCAGCCUCAUUGACGGUUUGGUUGAUCUUGAAGCUGCAGUUUGUCUUUGUACCGCGCUUAAAGCUAGCAUUCUCGGCAUCAACAUUAACCUUCCAAUCAACCUUAGCUUGCUCCUCAAUGUUUGCAGCAGAAAGCCUCCACGUGGCUUCCAAUGCCCUUAAUUUAAAUUUUCUUAGUCCUGAAUUUGUUGGGCAUGCAUGAAAUGUGCUCGAACGUUAAAUUGUAUUCCUUUCCUUUUUUUUUUUUUUUUGUGUGUGUUUUCUGCUUAUUUGAUUUGGUGCAUGAGAAAGAGGAAGAUCCUCAUCAAGAAAUAUGGGUUUGUGUUGUUGUAAUCUAUUUCACUUGUCUUGAUAAUAAAAUAAUGCUUUUGUUUUAGUGUUACCAA